AUGUCGUCCAAGCCGGAUGCUUCACGCCCUCGGGCGGCUGACACCAAGAAGGUGCACAUUGCCGAUACCCAGAUGACUCGCCAGAACUGGUACAAGCAUGUCAACUGGCUGAACGUCACUUUCAUCAUCGGUGUUCCCAUCUCGGGUUGCAUCCAGGCUUUCUUCGUGCCUCUGCAGCUGAAGACCGCCAUUUGGGCAGUCAUCUACUAUUUCUUCACUGGACUGGGAAUCACAGCUGGAUACCAUCGUCUCUGGGCUCACUGCUCCUAUUCCGCCACUUUGCCUAUGCGUAUCUGGCUCGCUCUGGUCGGCGGCGGUGCCGUCGAGGGCUCCAUCCGCUGGUGGGCUCGUGACCACCGUGCACACCACCGUUACACCGACACUGACAAGGACCCUUACUCUGUGCGUAAGGGUUUGCUGUACUCGCACCUCGGAUGGAUGGUCAUGAAGCAGAAUCCCAAGCGGAUUGGUCGCACUGACAUCACCGAUCUGAACGAAGACCCUGUUGUUGUCUGGCAGCACCGCAACUACAUCAAGGUCGUGAUCACCAUGGGUCUCAUCGUCCCCAUGCUGGUCGCUGGUCUCGGCUGGGGUGACUGGUACGGCGGAUUCGUGUACGCGGGUAUUCUGCGCAUCUUCUUCGUGCAACAGGCUACCUUCUGCGUCAACUCGCUGGCGCACUGGCUCGGCGACCAGCCCUUCGACGACCGCAACUCUCCCCGUGAUCACAUCAUCACCGCCCUGGUGACCCUCGGCGAGGGCUACCACAACUUCCACCACGAGUUCCCCUCGGACUACCGCAACGCCAUUGAGUGGCACCAGUACGACCCCACCAAGUGGACCAUCUGGACCUGCAAGCAGCUCGGCCUGGCCUACGACUUGAAGCAGUUCCGCUCCAACGAGAUCGAGAAGGGCCGCGUCCAGCAGCUGCAGAAGAAGAUUGACCAGAAGCGCGCUAAGCUCGACUGGGGUACUCCCCUGGACCAGCUUCCCGUCAUGGAGUGGGAUGACUAUGUUGAGCAGGCCAAGAACGGCCGUGGCCUGAUCUCCAUUGCUGGCGUUGUUCACGACGUGACCGAUUUCAUCAAGGACCACCCCGGUGGCAAGGCCAUGAUUAAGUCCGGCCUUGGCAAGGACGCCACGGCCAUGUUCAACGGUGGAGUUUACUACCACUCCAACGGUGCUCACAACUUGCUUUCCACCAUGCGUGUCGGAGUCAUCCGCGGCGGUGGUGAAGUUGAGAUCUGGAAGCGCGCUCAGAAGGAGAACUCCGAAUAUGUGCGUGAUGAGACAGGCCAGCGGAUUAUCCGGGCCGGUCAGCAGGUCACUAAGAUGCCCGAGCCGAUUCCGACUGCAGAUGCAGCCUAA